UGGCCAGGUUGUACCUCUCCUUAUGACAGGUAGCACGAGCGGAUUUACGACAUGAUGUGUGGGAAGGAAGAAGAAACAGAAUCUCCAAUUCCUGAGCUGGAUCUUUACACCAAUGUGAGAGAGUGGAAUCCUUCUUUGCAAGACAAAUUGGUUGCAUAUCCACAUCAGAGCAGGAUCCGCCGCCGCCCCCACUCGCCCAAGCUUGCCUUUCUUCUCAUCGUGGCCAGCAAACAUGCUGCUGUUCUCGGACCUCAUCUCAAAUGACGAGCUCCUGUCAGAUUCUUUUGAUAUGGAGGAGACGCACAAUGGGAUCUUCUACAAGGUGCCUGGAAAGUGGGUGACUUCAGGCCCCGUUGAUGUUGACAUUGGUGCCAACCCUUCAGCAGAGGAGGCCGAGGAGGGUGUAGACGACAGUGUGCAGAAGGUUGUGGAUAUCGUAGAUACCUUCCGGUUGCAGGAACAACCACCUUUCCCCAAGAAGGACUUCUUGGGGUGGCUGAAGGGAUACAUUGCAAAGCUGACGCCCCUCCUCUCUGAGAAGAGGCAAGAAGAGUUCAAGAAGGACGUCCCUGACGCCGCCAAGUUCCUCUUGGGCAAGCUGAAGGACCUGCAGUUCUUCACUGGGGAGAGCAUGAACCUCGACGCGGCCCUGGUCUUUGCUUACUACGAAGAUGGCGCAACCGACCCCAUCUUCAUCUACUUCAAGGAUGGCCUGAAGGAGGUCAAGUGUUAGACAGAAGCCAGCCUGCAUAGGUUUGCACCCGAACACGCCACGUUCAUUGUUACCUGUUUUUGACGAAAUAAGCUGGCAUUGCUGCAUGUCGUAUCCAUUCAAAUUGUGCCAAAGCUGCGACACGGACGUACACUGAUCGCUGGCUUCGGACUUCUUUGAUCAAUUUGAAAGCAUAGAAGGGGCGUCUUGGCCGCAUUGCUCAGCCCUUCGUUUUUGAGGAGCGUAUCGCUCGUUCGGUGAUUGUUUUGGCAGAAUGAUCGAAAGUGCCAGUGACAUUGGUCAACAUGGCUCAACUUGGCGAAUUUACAGUUUGACGCUUCACCAUGAAGCUUGUGAAGCUUGUCAGCUACUCCGAUUAUCUUUCAGAUUCACUUUCUUUGGUGGGUGACGGUGUAUGGUUCAGAUGUAUAUUGAAAGAAGUCAGCUAUUUGGCAGAGCUGCUUUUGUUGAUCCUGAUUGCUAUGGAAAACAACGCAGGUGACCCAGGUUCGAACGGUCUAGUGUAAUCUGGGCUGUCUAAGCUGCUGCUUCCACCAGAUGAUGACAAACUACACAGUUUUGCGCAAGGGCUCUGAGGUCUGCUUCUAAGCAGGCUACUGAGAUGAGCAUUCUGCAAUCCUGAUGGUUGAAGCACAUUAGGCAUGCCCCCGCUCUUGAGCGAGCUAGGUCCCAUUUUGCAGCCACUGAUUUCAUUACAAGCUUUUCUGAAUCCUGUUCUGCGCAGCCGGUAUGCAAAGUCAGCAGGUUGUGGCUGAAGGGGUGAGUUGUUGUGAAACGAUUGCUGUGGAGCGAAUGGGACCGCUGAAGUUGACAAUUUCAUGGGCUUGCUCCGACUCAUCCCUUGUAACCGCAUGCGCGGAAUUUUUUUACAAUGGGCAGGCCUGAUCUACUGGCG